AUGAUGGUUACAUUAUUAAAGUACGUCCUCGUGAUAGUCAUGAGCUUGAUAUUGAGAGUCCUAUACGACUCCAUUUGUUGCUACUUCCUCACACCAAGACGCAUCAAGAAGUUGAUGGAACGUCAAGGAAUCACCGGCCCUAAUCCACGCCUCCUCACCGGAAACAUCAUCGACAUCUCCAAAAUGCUCUCUCAAUCCGUCUCCGACGACUGCUCCUCCAUCCACCACAACAUCGUUCCCCGCCUUCUCCCUCACUACGUCGCUUGGCCAUGUCGUUGCGGAAAUGACGAAAAUACCCUUUUGCAGCACAAUCCCGUCACCGGAAAAUCUUGGUUACAGCAGCAAGGGACUAAAGGUUUUAUCGGUCGUGGACUCCUCAUGGCAAACGGCGAGGCUUGGCACCACCAGCGACACCUGGCGGCUCCAGCGUUCACACGUGAUAGGCUCAAAGGAUACGCGAAGCAUAUGGUUGAGUGCACGAGGAUGAUGGUUGAUAGGCUGAGAAAGGAAACUGAGAAAGAGGUUGAGAUCGGAGAGGAGUUGCGGCGGCUCACGGCGGAUAUUAUAUCGAGGACAGAGUUCGGGAGUAGCUAUGCCAAAGGAAAGGAGCUUUUCAAUCUACUCACUGUUCUUCAACGACUCUGUGCUCAGGCCACUCGCCACCUCUGCUUUCCCGGUAGCCGGUUUCUACCGAGCAAAUACAAUAGAGAGAUAAAGUCUCUCAAAACGGAAGUAGAACGUCUUUUGAUGGAGAUUAUAGAGAGCCGAAGAGACAGCAUAGAGAAUGGUCGUAGUAGCUCCCACGGGGACGACCUCUUAGGGCUUCUCUUGAACCAGAUGGAUCGCAACAACAACAACAACCUUAAUGUUCAGAUGAUAAUGGAUGAGUGUAAGACUUUCUUCUUCACCGGCCAUGAGACAACCUCUCUUCUCCUCACGUGGACCCUCAUGCUCCUUGCCCAUAAUCCCACGUGGCAGGACAAGGUCCGCCAUGAGGUCCGGCGAGUUUGUGGCCAAGACGGUGUCCCCUCCGUUGAACAACUAUCAAGUCUUACCUCGUUAUUCAAAGUGAUAAACGAGUCAUUAAGACUUUACCCUCCUGCUACUCUUCUACCAAGAAUGGCAUUUGAAGACAUAAAACUAGGGGACAUAGUCAUCCCGAAAGGUUUAUCUAUAUGGAUCCCUGUUCUUGCGAUCCAUCAUAGCAAAGAAUUAUGGGGCGAAGAUGCGGACGAAUUCAACCCCGAACGCUUCACUGCUAGGAGUUUUGAGUCUAGCCGUCAUUUCAUGCCUUUUGCGGCCGGUCCUAGGAAUUGCAUUGGCCAGUCUUUUGCGAUGAUGGAAGCAAAGAUAAUAUUAGCAAUGCUUGUUUCCAAAUUCAGUUUCAAAAUAUCGGAGAAUUAUAGACAUGCUCCUAUAGUUGUGCUUACUAUAAAACCUAAGUAUGGAGUUCAAUUAAUUUUGAAGCCUCUGGAUCCAUGA